AUGCCUUCUCAUACACACACCGCCAUCUUGGCUCUGGCACUAUCGAGUGCUUCGCUAUUUGUCUCCCCGGUUGGAGCUCACCCUGUUGAGUUACAGGCUAGGACUCCCGCAACUGAAGAGCAGUCCGUUGGGCUUUUAGUCCUUGGAGGCGGUUGCCCUCAAAAGAGAGAUGUUGGAGCCACUGAUCAGGUUUCCGGCGGAGGCUGCGAUGAUGACGACGAUGGCUCCGGCAGUUCUGAUGAUAAUGAUGGAUGUGUAAGCGAUGGAUGUGAUGAUAACAGCUCUGGUAACAACGGCUCUGGAGAUAAUGGUUCUGGAAGCAACAACGGCUCUGGAAGCAACGGCUCUGGAACUAAUACUGGUUCUGGUAACGAUGGUUCAGGAAACAACAACGGCUCUGGAAGCAACGGCUCUGGAACUAAUACUGGUUCUGGAAACGAUGGUUCUGGAAGCAACGGCUCUGGAAGCAACGGCUCUGGAAGCAACGGCUCUGGAAGCAAUGGCUCUGGAAGCAACGGCUCUGGAAGCAAUGGCUCUGGAAGCAACGGUUCUGGAAGCAACGGCUCUGGAACUAACACUGGUUCUGGAACUAAUACUGGUUCUGGAAACGAUGGUUCUGGAAGCAACGGCUCUGGAACUAAUACUGGUUCUGGAAACGAUGGUUCUGGGAACAAUAACGGUUCUGGAGACAACAAUGGCUCUGGAACCAAUAAUGGUUCUGGAAACGAUGGUUCUGGAAGCAACGGCUCUGGAACCAAUAAUGGUUCUGGAAACGAUGGUUCUGGAAACAACAACGGCUCUGGAAGCAACGGCUCUGGAGGCAAUAACAAUUCUGGAAGCAGUAGUGGUUCUGGAAACGAUGGUUCUGGCAACAACAACGGCUCUGGAAGCAACGGCUCUGGAAACAACAACGGCUCUGGAAGCAACGGUUCUGGAGGCAGCAAUGGUUCUGGAGGCAGUGGAAGCAGUGGCAGCAACAAUAAUGGUAAGAGCACCGGCGCUAAUAACACUGGCUCAGGCACAAGCCUGGUUAUUACGGUCACCCCAACAGAGGACGAAAGCAGCGGCAGUGGUGGUACAGGCACAAGCUCAACAUCUAGCAUCUCGCUAGCUAUUUCUAGCAACGGGGUGUCGGGCUAUGCCAAUAGCAAAACAUCUUCCUCUUCCUCCUCUUCUUCUUCUUCUUCGAAAGGUAAGAAGCCCGACGAGAUCGAUACCGACGACAGCAGCGGCGACAACAAUGGAAGCACCAACACGGGUAGCGGCUCCAGCAUCUACAUCAACGAGACAAGCAGCAACAACAACAGCUCCACUUCAAGCAAAGACGAUGACAAGGAUAACGACAAAGAUAAAGAUGAUGAUAGCAAAAGCUCAGACCCUGUGAGCUCGUUGCUCUCGAGUGUUUCGGGCUUGCUGGGUGGGCUUCUCAGGCGCUAG